CUCCGCGUGCGCACGAUGCCCUCCGCCACUAGCCACAGCGGAAGUGGCAGCAUGUCGCCCAGACCGCCACCCGCGUCGGGUUCCUCCAGGAGUGACAUGGCGGUGGGGGCCCGGGCCGCUGCGCCGGCUUCUCAGCACCCCGCAACCGGCACCAGCGCUGUCCAGACUGAGGCCAUGAAGCAGAUUCUUGGGGUGAUCGACAAGAAACUUCGGAACCUGGAGAAGAAAAAGGGCAAGCUUGAUGAUUACCAGGAGCGAAUGAACAAAGGGGAAAGGCUUAAUCAAGAUCAGCUGGAUGCUGUAUCUAACUACCAGGAAGUCACAAAUAACUUGGAGUUUGCAAAAGAAUUACAGAGGAGUUUCAUGGCAUUAAGUCAAGAUAUUCAGAAAACAAUAAAGAAAACAGCAUGGCGGGAGCAUCUUAUGAGAGAAGAAGCUGAACAGAAACGUUUAAAAACUGUACUUGAGCUACAGUAUGUUUUGGACAAAUUGGGAGACGAUGAAGUGCGAACUGACCUGAAACAAGGUUUGAAUGGAGUGCCAAUAUUGUCUGAAGAGGAAUUGUCAUUGUUGGAUGAAUUCUACAAGUUAGCAGACCCUGAAGUGGAUACGAGCUUGAGGUUGAAUGAGCAGUAUGAACAUGCCUCCAUUCACCUGUGGGACUUUCUGGAAGGGAAAGAAAAAUCUGUAUGUGGAACAACCUAUAAAGCUCUAAAGGAAAUUGUUGAGCGUGUUUUCCAGUCAAACUACUUUGACAGCACCCACAACCACCAGAACGGGUUAUGUGAGGAAGAAGAGGCAGCCUCAGCACCUAUAGUUGAAGACCAGGUGGCUGAAACUGAACCUGAGCCAGCAGAAGAAUACACUGAACAAAGUGAAGUUGAAGCAACAGAGUAUGUAAAUAGACAAUUUAUGGCCGAAACACAGUUCAGCAGUGGUGAAAAGGAGCAGGUAGAUGAGUGGACAGUUGAAACAGUCGAGGUGGUAAAUUUACUCCAGCAGCAACCUCAGGCUGCAUCUCCUUCAGUACCAGAGCCCCACUCUCUGACACCAGUGGCUCAGGCAGAUCCCCUUGUGAGAAGACAGCGAGUGCAGGACCUUAUGGCACAAAUGCAGGGGCCUUACAAUUUCAUACAGGAUUCAAUGCUGGAUUUUGAAAACCAGACACUUGAUCCUGCCAUUGUAUCUGCACAGCCUAUGAAUCCAGCACAAAACAUGGACAUGCCCCAGCUGGUUUGCCCUCCAGUUCAUUCUGAAUCUAGAUUUGCUCAACCUAAUCAAGUUACUGUACAACCAGAAGCUAUACAGGUUCCUUUGGUUUCAUCCACAAGUGAGGGGUAUACAGCAUCUCAACCUUUGUACCAGCCUUCUCAUGCUACAGAGCAAUGACCACAAAAGGAACCAAUUGACCAGAUUCAGGCAACAAUCUCUUUAAAUACAGACCAGACUACAGCAUCAUCAUCCCUUCCUGCUGCUUCUCAGCCCCAGGUGUUCCAGGCUGGGACAAGCAAACCUUUAUACAGCAGUGGAAUCAAUGUGAAUGCAGCUCCAUUCCAAUCCAUGCAAACGGUAUUCAAUAUGAAUGCCCCAGUUCCUCCUGUUAAUGAACCAGAAACUUUAAAACAGCAAAAUCAGUACCAAGCCAGUUAUAACCAGAGCUUUUCCAGUCAGCCUCACCAAGUAGAACAAACAGAGCUUCAGCAAGAACAGCUUCAAACAGUGGUUGGCACUUACCAUGGUUCCCAGGACCAGCCCCAUCAAGUGACUGCUAACCACCUGCAGCCUCCCCAGCAGAACAUUGGAUUUCCUCGUAGCAGUCAGCCCUAUUACAACAGUCGUGGUGUGUCUCGUGGAUGCUCCCAUGGUGCUAGAGGUUUGAUGAAUGGUUACAGGGGCCCUGCCAAUGGAUUCAGAGGAGGCUAUGAUGGUUACCGCCCUUCAUUCUCUAACACUCCAAACAGUGGUUACACACAGUCUCAGUUCAGUGCUCCCCGGGACUACUCUGGCUAUCAGCGGGAUGGAUAUCAGCAGAAUUUCAAGCGAGGCUCUGGGCAGAGUGGACCACAGGAAGCCCCACGAGGUCGUGGAGGGCCCCCAAGACCCAACAGAGGGAUGCCGCAAAUGAACACUCAGCAAGUGAAUUAAUGUGAUUCUCAGGAUUAUGUUUAAUCGCCAAAAACACACUGGCCAGUGUAUCAUAAUAUUUUAUGAGAAGAGUUAUUAUCUAUUUGUUCUCCCUUUCAGGAAACUUAUUGUAAAGGGACUGUUUUCAUCCCAUAAAGACAGGACUACAGUUGUCAGCUUUGUAUUACCUGGAUAUGGAAGGAAACUAUUUUUACUCUGCAUGUUCUGUCCUAAGCGUCAUCUUGAGCCUUGCACAUGAUUCUCAGAUUCCUCACCCUUGCUUAGGAGUAAAACACAAUAUACUUUAUGGGGUGAUAAUAUCUCCAUAGUUAAUUGAAGUGGCUUGGAAAAAGCAAGAUUGACUUUUGACAUUGGAUAAAAUCUACAAAUCAGCCCUAGCAUUAUUCACUGGUAAUUGACAAAAAUAUUUCCCUUGAAAGGAUGAUGGAAGGAGGAAUGUGGUUUGGCAGAAUUGCAUUUCACAGCUUUUCCAGUUAAAUUGGAGCACUGAACAUUUAGGUGCAUACCAAAUUAUGCAUGGGCCCUUAAUCACACAUAUAAGGCUGGCUACCAACUUUGACACAGCAUUGUUCAUCCUCUGGCCAAAUGACUGUGGUUAAAAACACAUGUAAAUUGCUUCUUAAUAGCUGAUACUGUAUUAAGACAAAGCCAAAAUGCAGAAUUAGGCUUUGAUUGGCACUUUUUGAAAAAUAUGCAACAAACAUGGGAUGUAAUCCAGAUGGCCGCUUCUGUAUUUAAUGUGAAGUAUUUAGAUACCUUUUGAACAGGUAACAGUUUCUUUGACAAUGACUUUUGUAAGGAUUGGUACCAUAUAUCAUUCCUUAUGAUGUACAUUGUCUGUCACUAAUCCUUGGGUCUUGCUGUAUUGUCACCUAAAUUGGUUACAGGUACUGAUGAAAAUCUAUAUUGGAUAAUCAUAACAUUCUUGGUCACAUGUUUUUCCUGCAGCCUGAAGGUUUUUAAAAGACAAACAUAUCAAAUGCCUGUUGCUACCACCCUUUUAAAUUGCUAUCUUUUGAAAAGCACCAGUAUGAGUUUUAGAUUGGUUUCCCUAUUUUAGGGAAAUGACAGUCAGUAGUUUCAGUUCUGAUGGUAUAAGCAAAACAAAUAAAACAUGUUUAUAAAAGUUGUAUCUUGAAACACUGGUGUUCAACAUUUAGCAGCUUAUGUGGUUCACUCCAUGUAUUGUUAGUGUUACAAAUUUUAUGGUUCUCUCCAGCAGCUAUUUCUAUAGUACUUGCACUUAUCUUUUGUCUAACCUUAAUUGAAUUAUCCUUUCCUCAUGGAGGUAUUUAUAUUCAAAGUGGUGAUUUCUUCCCUUCCAUGCAUAGGGAGAGUCACACAUUUGGUGGAGUUGGACAGUGUAGUAAUGUACAGACUGCUGGAAUAUAUGCUAGCAGUUUGAGCACUAGUUCUGGGAGCCUAUGAACUUAAUGCUGCUUAAUUCCACUUUGACUUUACAGAGAACUAAUCCCACCUAUUAAGCAAAGGCUACUAAGUUAAUGGUAUUUUCUGUACAGAAAUUGAAUUGUGCUUUUAGCCUUUAGCUAAGGAAUUUUUCCAGUAGGUGCUCAGCUACUUUAGAAAAAAAAACUAUUCUCAAACACUCAUCAUUAGACAACUGGAGUUUUUGCUGGUUUUGUAACCUACGAAAAUGGAUAGGCUGUUGAACAUUCCGCAUUCAAAAGUUUUGUAGGGUGGUGUGGAAAAAGGGGUAUCUUCAAUGUUUAUUUUAAAAUAAACUAAGUUCUUGACU